GCGACGAUGCGGACGCGUUUCGCUGCUCUCCCCCGCGCGGCACGACCUACGCCUAUCCGCGUGCGCGAGUAUAGCGUCCCACGGCCUCUGCAACCGAGUUUGGGGCCCCCGGAUCUUUCACUCUCGAUCGUUCGCCAGCGCGACGCCACAGCCGCAUCGGAGCGGUCUCUAUGGUACUGUACAAAGCUAUGCGACACGCGCGCGGGGUCGCAGCGACUCAGGGCAUCUGGGAGGCGCUGGACGCUGGACUUGGCUGCAACAGCCAUUUCCGGCACUCCGCUUUCCACUCCGCCACUCUGCGGCAUCUCAGCCACGUUGAGGAGACGCAUACAGCACGGUACGAUACUCUGCCAGCGUUAGAGGAGCUCUUAGGACGAAACGACCUCUGCGACAUCCUCGGUGGCCGGACUUUGCACCGGCAGCCCGUCCCCAGGCCCGACACUCCCCUGCGCGAUUUCGCGCCGACGUGACGCCGCGGCCGUGUCGAGACGCCAUCUAUGGGACUGCCCAACGUAGGGCUACGUCCUCGCGCGAUUUUGGCGCACCAGGACUCCUGCGAGGCGCGCAAGGGGAGAUGCCGGGUGACCUUUGCUCCCCCGAGCUCUCCCCGGCCGCUGCAUGAUUUCCGUACGACUUCGCGGCGACGCGCACGGCGCAGGGGUGCGCACGGUGCAUUGGAUGUGCUACAACACAGCGCCCCUGGAUUCGCGCGACCUUAACGUCCUGCGAGCCUCGGGGAGGUGUUCGAGUUGAGGCUCCCCCGGGAGUUGUUCCCGACCUGUAGCUUGUAGUUUUUGUCGCAUCUCCACGGGACUUGGACCUUGUACAGUGCGAGUAUGCUACAGUGGAAUACGAUGCGAUUUAC